UUCGCGCCCUGUGAAUCGAGACCCUCUUCUUCCUCUGGCUUCCCAUUUUUGCACGCUAGCAAAGCUGCUGUUAGUAGAGGGUCGCUUUAAAUUGUCGAGCAAAAGUGCUUUCUCGUCUGCUGAUGCUGUGACUCCCAAGUCAGACUCGUGGGAGACUCCUCGGGCUGGCGCUCCGCGUCGGGUAUCGCUUGUAUAACAGCUCUGCCCUAGUUAUGUCUUUGUGAGGCGAGGAUCCCUCCAUUGGACAGCCUUGUAAGGUGUCAGGAGAUCUGUGCGAGGAAGCCAACCCGAAGCCCCCCAAGAGGGGAGAGAAGCACUGCUUGGCCAGAAAUCAGCUCCUUUCAAAUAAGGAUCCCCGCCCCCUUCCGUGGUACCUGGGUGGAGCAAGUUGCGGUACCCUACAGUGCGUGUUGAUUUAGAACAGAAAACAGUCGUCCAUACACGCCGUGCAGUCUUGUAAGGGCACUGUGCGCCUCUGCUAGGACGAGGAGCUCUUUGUUCUAUCUUUGGUACGUGGCGCAUUAAUGAAAGUCUUCACGCCGUUGGCGAAAGAAAACGUUGUGUGAUGUGAUCCUUAUGGUCCAGGAAAGAAAAAUACCUGCUCAUCGUGUUGUCCUUGCUGCAGCCAGUCAUUUUUUUAACUUAAUGUUCACAACUAACAUGCUCGAGUCAAAGUCCUUCGAGGUAGAACUCAAAGAUGCCGAACCUGACAUUAUUGAACAACUUGUGGAAUUUGCUUAUACUGCUAGAAUUUCUGUGAAUAGCAACAACGUUCAGUCUUUAUUAGAUGCCGCAAACCAGUACCAGAUUGAACCUGUGAAGAAAAUGUGUGUUGAUUUUUUGAAAGAGCAAGUUGAUGCUUCAAAUUGUCUUGGAAUAAGUGUGCUAGCGGAGUGUCUGGACUGCCCUGAACUGAAAGCCACUGCAGAUGACUUUAUCCAUCAGCAUUUUACUGAAGUUUACAAAACUGAUGAAUUUCUACAGCUCGAUGUCAAGCGAGUGACACAUCUCCUUAACCAGGACACUCUGACUGUGAGAGCAGAAGACCAGGUUUAUGAUGCUGCAGUCAGGUGGCUGAAAUACGAUGAACCUAAUCGCCAGCCAUUUAUGGUUGAUAUCCUUGCUAAAGUCAGGUUUCCUCUUAUAUCAAAGAAUUUCUUAAGUAAAACGGUACAAGCUGAACCACUUAUUCAAGACAAUCCUGAAUGCCUUAAGAUGGUGAUAAGUGGAAUGAGGUAUCACCUCCUGUCUCCAGAGGAUCGAGAAGAACUGGUAGAGGGCACACGGCCCCGAAGGAAGAAACACGACUACCGCAUAGCCCUCUUUGGAGGCUCGCAGCCGCAGUCUUGUAGAUACUUUAACCCAAAGGAUUAUAGCUGGACAGACAUCCGCUGCCCCUUUGAAAAACGCAGAGAUGCAGCAUGCGUGUUCUGGGACAAUGUUGUGUACAUUUUGGGUGGCUCUCAGCUUUUCCCCAUCAAACGAAUGGACUGCUAUAAUGUCGUGAAGGAUAGCUGGUAUUCCAAGCUGGGACCCCCAACACCUCGAGACAGCCUGGCUGCCUGUGCCGCGGAGGGCAAAAUUUAUACAUCUGGCGGUUCCGAAGUCGGAAACUCAGCCCUCUAUUUAUUUGAGUGCUAUGACACGAGGACUGAGAGCUGGCACACGAAGCCCAGCAUGCUGACCCAGCGCUGCAGCCACGGGAUGGUGGAGGCCAAUGGCCUCAUCUAUGUUUGUGGUGGGAGUUUAGGGAACAAUGUUUCUGGCCGUGUGUUGAAUUCCUGUGAAGUUUAUGAUCCUGCCACAGAAACAUGGACUGAGCUGUGUCCAAUGAUUGAGGCCAGGAAGAAUCACGGACUGGUCUUUGUGAAAGAUAAGAUAUUUGCUGUGGGUGGUCAGAAUGGCUUAGGUGGUCUGGACAAUGUGGAGUAUUAUGAUAUUAAAUUAAAUGAAUGGAAGAUGGUCUCGCCGAUGCCGUGGAAGGGUGUGACAGUGAAGUGUGCAGCAGUCGGCUCUAUAGUUUAUGUUCUGGCUGGUUUUCAAGGUGUGGGUCGAUUAGGACACAUCCUUGAAUAUAAUACUGAAACAGACAAAUGGUUUGCCAACUCCAAAGUUCGGGCUUUUCCAGUAACAAGUUGUUUAAUUUGUGUUGUUGAUACUUGUGGAGCAAAUGAAGAAACCCUUGAAACAUGAAAAAUGAGUGCACUUCAAGACUCUUUGGAGACCCCAAAAUAUGGCCACCAGUGCUUUGUUCCAAGAGUUUGGUUACAAAGUUUUAAUUUGGUGGGAUGUUUUUUUGGGUUGUUUUUUUUUUUAUUUUUUUGGAAGGAAGUUCCAAGUAAAGAAAGAUCCUUAUAAAAUACAUGUAUUUUAUUUAAAUUUCCUUACUUGACUACAGACCUUAUUUUAGCCGGCCACAUAAUCAUGAACAUAUCUAGCAAGAAAACUUGAAAAAUAAUGAGCAUCAGUGAAAGUACAAAUUCUUAAGUGAAUUUCGCAUUCGUAACUAUGAUUAUGACAGAGGGGGGGAUUGGCUCCUCAGUGAAACUGUCUCAUCUUAGCUCUAGAUUCUAUUUUCAUACAUCACAGAAGUGCUGUGUAAUUAGGUCUGUUUGUUUUGAUUCACUCAAGAACUAAGAAACAGCGUAGAGCAGCUUAGUCUCACAUGGUUUUGCUUGUCUUCCUUCGUUGCAUUUAGUGCCAAGUGUGUUCCAUUUUUAAAAGCAAGGCAGAGUGAGUCAAGGCAUACACAUACUCUCUCACAAACUUCAUAAUCGCAUUUCGGGAUUUUAAAAAAUGUACUAUACACCUGAUGAAAUAUAUUCAAUUAAAUAUAUUCCAUCUUUUAAACAAAUGUCAAGCUUAGCACCCAUAGUUAAUUUAUAUCACCGUUUUACCCAGUGCUU